GUGGAGUUUGCACGCGGGGCGGUGCUGCGCGUCGGCAUACUAAAGAACCUUUUCAUCUCGUGCGUCGAUGUUUUUCAUCUGUCUUGGUGACACAAAUGGACGACUAAACAUUUAUAUUUUGGCAUACUUCAAAGUCGUUACAUCUGUUAUCAUUGUAAAGUAUAUUUGUGACGGUACAUUUGUCGACACGGAGGAGGCUGAGAGUUACCUGUAGGAGACUUCUGAAGCUGGGGCACCGACGAUGAAGCUGCUGUACUUUAAAUGAGAUGACUGGCCGGCUUUAUUUAAAAUGACACCUCUGCGAAUUUUGGGUGCAGCUUAAAGAAGAUACACAUGGAUGUCAGGAGGAAGAGGCCCAAUGAUGCUGCCCGCUUCAGUCAACUCAGCUUCAGCCCCAAAUAGUCACGUCAGCCAGCUGAGCAGGUACCCUAACGGCCACCACAACACACCUGAAGAGGACGAUGAGACCAUGAGCACGGAGGAGCGAGAAGCCAGCUGUGUCAACAAGCCAGACUCCACGUCUAACCCUGAUGACCACUGCCCCCUCCCUGAGCGCACCACCUCCGCUGAUGAUUCUCUGUUCGGCAGAGAGAGGCUGGACAGACAGCAGGAACACAAACACAACCACACUCUCCCACAACCUGGCCCUAGCUACUUCCUGUACCAGCCUCCCUGCAGCAUACCUGCUGGGUACAGCCAGCCCACUCCGUUCCCCAGCCAGGCCAAUGGUGCCUUGCUCCACCCAAGCUUUGCUAGCAGCUGGUCCAGUUAUCCCAAUAGCCUGCCGUCCUAUCUGAGCCAGAAAGAUUACUCCAGCUGUUCUGGAGAUAGCUGCCUUUCAGGGGGCAAGUCUGUGUCCCUCCCUGGAAGACACAGCACUGGUAUGAGCAACUUAGAGCAGCCGCUCUCUCUGUGCUCCAACCCGCCUUCUGCUAACUUGUGUCGCCAUACGUUGCCUCCAUGCUCCUGCUGUGCACAGUGCCCUGCAGAGGCCUUCAAUGGGGGCGCUAUGGCCAACAAGCACCCCUGGCCUCAGUACCACACAGCUUAUGGCCAGCACUAUCCUGGUGACUACAGACUUCCUGGAGCUGGAUGCACACAAAUUGGCCACAACGCUCCAGCUAAAGAGAAACACCCUCCUUAUAGCACACCACUCUCUCUGGAGCAGAGGAAGGUCUUUGUCACUUACGAAGCAGACAACGAUAAGCAUGUCAAUGAGAUCAUCAACUUUGUUGCUCUGCUGCGACACAACGGCUUUGAUACGCAUAUUGAUAUUUUUGAGCAGCAGUUCAGGAGCAUAAGCAAGAUAGACUUCAUGGAGCGGUACCUCAGUGAGAAAGAGUACCUGAUCAUCAUCAUCAUCAGUCCCAAGUACUAUGAGACAGUGACAGCCUCCCCUGUUGGCCUGGAAAACGACGAGAGGACCUUCAAUACUGUUUACAUACAUAAACAGCUCCAGAAUGAGUUCAUCCAGAAUGGAAGCAAGAAUUUCAGGUUCAUUCCUAUUGUGUUCCCCGGGGCUAAAAAGUGUCACGUCCCGAACUGGCUUCAAAACACGCACGUUUACGGAUGGCCACGCGAUCGGGAUGACAUUCUGCGGCGGCUGAUGAGGGUCGAGAAGUACAAUCCACCUCCUAUUGGGGAACUACCGACCAUUGUCUCCAUUCCCAUAUAGAGACCUCAGAACUGAAGACUCUUGAUUUCUGGAGAACUACUCCUCAUUGUUGAGGUGAAUGGGCGUGUGUGUGCAGGGUGUUUUAGCGUAAAUUGUCGUGAUGUUAAGGGCGCUGUGUGAACUUUUCUCCUGGGUUUUGUUGCAUGAGUAUGAUUAGUUCCUUUAAUUUCCACAUAAUGCGCAGAAAAGUGCAGGAACUGAUGUGAAAAGAGGAGGCACGCAGACAAGCAUUUUGGACCCUGCAGCUUGUGAACGUGCACCACUCUGCAUGUUUUUUACCUCAAACUCUCUAUGUUCCACCUGCUACAACGCCACAAGUGCUACUUACCUGUGCUACUGCAAGUUAAUUACCUUUACAGUCUGAUAAGGACAAUGUUUAGUUCUUUAAAAGCGCAAUUUUAAAUUCAUUGUUUUUAGAAUUUGAACAAAUAUCCUCAUAAAUGAUUUAUCAUAUUUUAUUGGAACUCACAUGUUGUAUAAUUAAAUAUAUGACAGAUGUGAUGAAUAGUUUGAUCACUGUAUAUUUGCAUAAUGGAUUUGGAUGGGAAGUAAACACUGACAGAUAUUCCCCCGGGUACAUGCUGCCGCACCCAGAUUAUUGUUCAGAUUAUGUGUAUCAUCUAAUGCAAACAGCUGCACAGCAGGAUGGAGGUAUAGUUGUAUUUUGUAGAGUUAAAAAUAACAGACAGAGGAGACGAUUAUUUUUCAGCAUUAUUUGAAAUGUUUUUUGGGUUUUUUUUCCCCAUUAAGAUGUUUUCACUGGUAAACAAGGCUGACUUUCUGAAUGCUUAAGGGCCAUGUUUUUUUUGCACAUUUUAGCCCUUUUACUACAUAGUACAACCUGUUGGUUUACCAUGGGAGCAGCUGUGAUGUUAACUGACAGAUUUAAGUUUAUGGUCUCUGCAUGUUGAUUGUCAUAGCGCAAAGAAACAAAUGAAACUACUGAAACCUAGAGCAUGUGGUUAUGUGAAUCACACAUUGUUGUAAAAGGGAAAAAAAAGGCUAAAACAUGCAAAAACAGGCAUUUUGGUCCAUUAAUGAAGGCGAUGUUACAGUUUUUUUUUUUUUCUGCAUUGGAACCAUUCUUGGUGGAAUAAUUGUAAAAGUCAAAUGUAAUAAUUAAAACUGUAGAACUGCA